GUCCGUCUGAGUGCAUUCGAGCUCAAGCUGGCAAACGUUACCUGAAGUGAACAGAGAUUACAAGCUCCUGCUAUCAUCGCUCAUUUUCUGUUUAGUUUAAUCGAAUAAUACACCAUGUUUCGUUACGCUUGCAUGACAUUAUUCCUGGUUCUAGGGAGUGAAAUCCAGCUCUCAUACAGCACAGAAGCAUCUGUGACGGAUGCAGCCAAGAAGUUGUGUCUUUAUGCUAAGUUAAAUGUUAGCUUCACUGUCACAUAUGAAACGAUUGAAAAAAAAAAUAGCACAGCUACAUUCCCUCUGCCUGAGCUUGUGAAUGCUGCUGGGAGCACCUGUGGGAAGAACGCCUCAACACUGACUCUUACAUUUGACAAAGGCCACUCCUGGAGUGUCAGUUUCAAGAAGGAGAAUGAAAGCUACAGUGCCCGUGACAUUGUUUUCAAGUACAAUCUCGGAGAUGACCGUAUCUUCACAAAUGCUUCUUCGAAAGAAACUAAAACCGUGACAUUCAGCCCUUCCAUUUCCAAUGUGGCAAUGGGCACAUAUUACUCCUGCAAGAGUGAGGAUACCAUGCAAAUGGGUUUGGUUGUACAGUCACUGCAGAAUGUGUCUCUGCAGGCAUUUAUAAUCAACGGGAGCAAGAGUGACAUUGGCUCUGUGUGUCCCAAAGAUGUCCCGUCCACCUCCCCAGUGCCGACCACUCACGUAACCAACACCACCACGCCUACAGCCGCACCUACAGCUGCACCUACAACUCCCUCACCCCUGCCCACACCCACGACGGGAAAUUACAGCCUCAAAACUGGGAAUAACUCCUGCCUAUUGGCCCAAAUGGGCCUGCAGAUCAACUUCAAGGACGGUGGGGUUUUGCAGAAAAUGAACGUUGAUCCGCUCAGCCUUGAAGUGAAUGGGGAUUGCAGCGUAAACAAAAGCGACUCCACCCUGGUACUGACAUCUAUCUCAGUGAACCUCACGUUCACCUUCAAAGAGGAUGGGAAGAACUUUGUCCUGCAUGCGGUGAGCGUCACGAUAAGAAGCGCCAACGGCACGUCCUUCAGCGCGGCUAACAGCAGCCUGUCCCUCUGGAAGGCAGCGGUGGGGAGCUCCUACAUGUGCAACAAGGAGCAGAGCUACAUCGUCACCGACAGCUUCUCGCUCGACACCUUCAAACUGCACGUGCAGCCCUUCCAGGUGACCGGAGACAGCUUUGCCACAGCUUAUGAAUGUGCACCGGAUGACACCAGCAUCUUAAUCCCAGUCAUUGUCGGUGCAGUUUUGGCAGGCUUGAUUGUUGUUGUACUGGUCGUUUAUGUAAUUGGUCGACGAAGGUCCACCGUUGGAUAUCAGACCCUCUGAAACCAUCCCUGAUUUGUUGACUUGAUUGAUUCUGAUUUGUGUUUUUGUUCCAUGUCUGAGUUUCUGUUCGGGGGCAAGUGCAGGUUCCCAUCUCCUCCUCCUGUUUGUUUUUCACAUGCCCACCAUGGCCAAUGCAGAGAUGCACAAGGGCUUGGUUGCUAUGGCUGGGUAUUGGUGUCACCAAGGAUAUCAUUUAUAGCCACAAUAUUCUAUGUCCACCAUUUGUUUUUUUUAUUUAUUUUAUAUUUUGUUGAUGGAAUUGCAUUGAAAUCUAAGCUGCAUGCACAGGAAGCCCAAUUUUGAUUAUUACAUUUUUAAUGUAUCUUUUAUUAAUUUGCCCCAGAUAUUUCAGUGAUUUGACACUAGUGUGAUUUCUUUUGCCAUUUUGGACCAGUGAACCUGCACUUGUUUCCUCCAGACCACAUUCCUGCACUGUUUUUGGCCUUUAAAUCUGUGUACACCUGAAGCUCAAUCUCUGCUCUCGUGGCUUCACAUCUCCUUGAGGUUUAGGGUUGAGAAACCUGAAAGCAAAGGUUGAGCCUUUAAUUUUUUUUUCCUUUUCAAUUGUUGGCAUUAGAUUUAAAAAGGGAUGUCUGUACCAUUUAAAUUAUUAUUCCUGUGAUAAGUGCACUCCAUUCCUGAUUGCAAUCGCUCUUAAAAUUGACCUUGAUUGGUGAUCUUUGCUGCUCAUUUUAAUAUUUGAAUAUAAUCUUUGAUUCCGAAACCUUUAUUGAACGUUAGUUUGUGAAAUUGCACUCGAGAGCUUUUGUAGUGUGUGUGAAGAUUUAAUUUGAGCAGCACUUCUAUUCAUAGAGUACUGUUAGGAGUCGGUGUGAUGUUAUGUAUUUUUGUACUUCUGUUACACCAACGUUUUUAAUUCUCUAGUUGCCCUCCGUCUAGUGUUGGGAUGAUCUGCCCUCUUUAUUGGAUCCUUCCCUGAAGAUCAUUGAUCUAGGGCCCCGUUAUACGAGUGUCCAAUCCUAACAUAAAGGGCCGGUGUGGCUGCAGAUUUUUGUUUUAGCCGAGAACUAUGACACCAGAUUCUUCUCAUCAAGAUCUUGAUUUGAAGACCAUAAUUAGUUAAUUGGUUCAAUCAUAGGUUGUAGUGCUGGACUACCAGCAACCAGUACCCACACCGGCCCUUUUCAGAUGAGAUUAGAUUCCCUGGACCCUGACAAUGCUGGUUGAGUCUGGGACAUGUCGAUGUCCCAGAAUCUAUGACUAGAUUAAGCCUGCCCGGGCAGGGUGGGUCCAAGACAGCGAGGGUUUACUUGGAUUACUGCCCCCUAGCUAUUUACCAUACAGGUGACCUACAGGUUACUCCUGGGAUAAACCUCUCCUCCAUUUGGUGUUUAAGUCUGCUGCAUAUUGUCUGGCUACUAGCUCCAGGUUAAGUGCAUUGUAUUAAGAGCUGGCAAACUUUGUGCUUGUCUCUUGGGUCUUGUGUUAGAACAUGCUCGUAAUUGAGGAGAAAUGUCUUAUCACCAGUUUGUGCCUUGCUUUCUGUAGUCUUGUUACACCCUGUCUCUCCUGUGUAGUCUUGUUACACUCCUGUCGCACCUAAUAAUCAGUGCAGGGUCAGUUAAUGUAUAACCUUCAUUUAGACUGUAAAAGUGCAUUCUGGGAAUCCCAGUUGCACAUAAUUCAAAGGAACAUUGUGAAUGCUUUUUUUUUUUGAUGAGGAUUUUGUACGAUAUAUUGUCGAUAUUUGAAACAUUGAGUCUUGCGUAUAGCUGCUGUACAAAAUGUAAAAUGUCACGGCAUAUAAAAUGUAUGUGCCUGGCCGAUUACGAUUUAAUGUGUAUAUUAAAUCGGAAAACAUCUUGAAUAUUUCAUAAAAUGUUUACCCAGUAUUCUCUAUAACCAAAUGCACUCUGAAAAUAAUGCAUUCCUUUGCAAAUGCCGCUUAAUUGUUUUCUUAACACAUUAAUGUGAUCGGUUUUUAGAUUCCUUAACACUUAAUGGUCUUCUUUUCUCAUUCAGCUGAGGAAUGCCAGGCUGAUCUACCAGUGAACUACAUUGUCCCCAUAGCUGUGGGAGUUGCCCUUGGAGUUCUGAUUAUUAUUGUGGUGGUGGCCUAUUUCAUUGGACGACGACGAAACCAGACCA